AUGGUUCGAAAAGAUAGGUAUGCUAAAAGUAAUGUUCAAAAAUUGAGACACGAAAUUAAACCAGAUAUAAUGUUAUUUACGGAAAAUAAAAUGCUUCCUACAUUCAAAUCCGUACCCACAAAAAUGCCUCCAAGGAUUUGCUCUUUUCCAAAUGUUAAACCCACAAUGAUGCAACUUUCAAAGCGUGAAAAGAAACGUACGUUGUCGUUCCUACAAAGCCCAUCGCACGGCUUUUAUAAUACCAUCCAAGAAAAACGGAAGGAAAAGAUGUUUAAUUCUAGUAGAGAGUCCUUUCCUAUUUCUACAGUAGUAUUAUGUAGCGAUGCACCAGAAGAACAGAAGAUGAAAACUACAAAUAAUGAAGAUUUAUUAAUUGCUCCAAUGUAUCAAUCAUUUUUUUGCAAUCUUAUUACGCCUGAUUUAUGCAAAAACGGCAAUAGAAAAGAAGAUGUCAAUGUUAAGGAUAAACUUUAUACCAGUUAUAGCGAGGAUAUGAUGAAAAUAGUAAAUCAUAAAAGUGAAAUGCGAUUAUUACAAGUAUAUCAUCCUAAAAUUUGUUAUUUAUGUUGUAGUAGAGAAAAAAAAAGAGACAUAAAAGGAUCAAUGAGCGCCAUACGUUAUAGCAGAUCUACUCAAUGCGUAUUCGACAUAAAAAAUAAUAAUUCAUAUUUGCACAUCUCACAAAGUAAACGUAACAAUGACCAACGAUAUGACGUUAAAUGUUCGUUUGAGGAUAUUAAUUGUAUAGGUAUGCCUGAAAAAAGAUCGUGGUUAAUUAAAACGUCCGAAGGAAAAGAGAAUAAACGAUGCAUGGAAGAUGGUUGUGAUUGUAAAAUAAAAUAUUCCUGGCAGAUUAUAGGCACAAGUUCGCAAACUUCUAAAGUUUUGCUACAUAAUGAUCUAGAAGAAAAUCAAAGUCAAUUUUCCAAUCAUAAUGAUAAAUCUUCAACGUAUAAAUGCGAAAUCAAAUACUCUUGGCAAAUUGUAGGUACUGGAACGCAGGUUGCAUUGCAAAAUAGCAAUGAUACGGAUUAUUGGACCGGAGUUAUAUUUUCACCGAGUAUUCAUCGAAAUAGGAAAAGCUUCAUUGAUGAGGAAAAUAAAAAGACAUGCAACGAGAUUGAUUGGUGCAAAUUACAAGGAUGCAAAAAAAAAUGUAUAAUUUUAAAUAAUCAAUGUAUUCAGACGCUCGCCGAGAAAAAAACUCAAACUGACAUUCUUGACUGUAAUGUAAAAUAUUCCUGGCAAAAUUUAAUUCUACGACAUCUGUGA